CGUGCGAUGUCGGAAGCCGCCGGCGCUUACCAGACGAGAGGCACAGCAGCCGGUAGCAGGGCUUAGGUUGGGCCGUGAGGUGCUGUGUGGGGCCUGUGGCUGCCCUGUGCGCCGCCCUCCCGCCAAGGGCGCCAGAGCACGACAGCGACCACCCAGGACCAGUUCUGCUGCUACGGAUUCAUAUGCAUUUCAACAGCAACAAAAUACGAAUAAAUCUUGGGACUGGGACAGACAUGGCCUGUGGAAAUGAGCUCACACAUGGAAAAUUUUGGACCCCAGAUAUUUCUACUCUGUGGUUUUCCAGGAAUUAGUGUCUUUAUGGGAACAGAACCCAGAAUUUUCCCAGCCCUAGGUAUGUGCUAGUCGGCGGUGGAAUGUCAGGAACCCAGAUUGGUAGGAACCAGCUGUGUGCCAGAGUACUCUGUGCAUUUCCAAGAGCAACAAAAAAUGAAUAAAUCUUACGGGUUGGUGUCAUUUGAGGAUGUGGCUGUGGACUUCACCUGGGAAGAGUGGCAGGAACUGGAUGAUGCUCAGAGAACUUUGUACAGGGAUGUGAUGCUAGAGACCUACAGCAACCUGGUAUUGUUGGGAUGCUACAUUACCAAACCCAAUGUGAUCUUCAAAUCAGAGCAAGAAGCAGAGGCAUGGAUGGUAGAAAAUGCCCCAAACCAGAGCCUACAAGAUCUCCAUAUAGUCAAUAAUCAAAUUGAGAAAAGUCAAGAAAAUCACAGUAAAUACUUGUGGCAAGUUUUAAUCACCGACAGCAAAACAUCAACUGAGGAGAGAGUUAAGUUGGAAAAAACAUUUAAUUUGAGCUCAAACUGUACUUCAAAUCUGAUUAUAAACAGUGAAAACUCUUCAGAAAUUAACAUUGAGAAGUUUAAUGUAUGUAAGUAUGCACUUCCUCCUAGAAAUCCUGAUAAGACGCAUGCUGGAGAGACACCUGAUGACCAAAAUAAAACUGGGAAAUCCCACACACACUGUGAGCAUCUUAGUCAGAAUAACAAGAUUCAAGUUGGGCAGUACCCUUUUGAAUAUAGUAAACCAGGGAAAGCCUUCAACACAGAGCCAAUAUUAUUGGCACAUAAGAAGCUUCAUUUGGGAGAAACUACCUGUAAAUACAAUGAAUGUGGGAAAGCCUUUUAUAACUCAGCUCUCCUUGACCAAGAGAUAACUCAGGUAUUGAGGAAAACAUUUCAAUGUGAUGUAUGUGGGAAAGUAUUCUAUAAAAAGUCUGAACUCACUAAACAUCAGCAAAUACACACAGCAGAAAAAUCCUACAAAUGUAAAGAAUAUGAUAAAUCCUUCAUGAAGAAGUUAUCUCUUACAGUCCACAAAUGGACACAUACAGGGGAGAAGCUUUAUACAUGUAAUGACUGUGGAAAAACUUUUCACCAGAACUCACUCUUCAGAAGUUGUCAGAGAACUUACACAGGUGCCAAACCAUAUGAAUGUACUGAAUGUAGGAAAUCUUUUUCCCACAACUCAGCCCACCAUAGACAUAAGAGAAUUUAUGCAGGGGAGAGGUCCUAUGAAUGUAAUGAGUGUGGAAAAACCUUUUACCGGAAGUCAGACCUCAGCAAGCAUCAGAGAAUUCACACAGGGGAAAGGCCCUAUAAAUGUAGUGAGUGUGGAAAAACCUUUUACUAUAAGUCACACCUCAGCAGGCAUCAGAGAAUUCACACAGGUGAAAGGCCCUAUAAAUGCAAUGAGUGUGGAAAAACCUUUUACCAGAAGUCAAACCUUAGCAUGCAUCAGGUAAUUCACACAAAGGAGAAGCCUUAUGAAUGUAAUGAGUGUGGAAAAACCUUUCCCCUGAAGUCAGUCCUUAGUAUACAUCAGAGAAUUCAUACAGGGGAGAAGCCCUAUGAAUGUAAUGAAUGCGGAAAAACCUUUCACCAUAAGUCAAUCCUCAGUACACAUCAGAGAAUCCAUACAGGGGAGAAGCCCUAUGAAUGUAAUGAGUGUGGAAAAGCCUUUCACCGGAAGUCAAUCCUCAGUACACAUCGGAGAAUCCACACAGGUGAGAAACCAUAUGAAUGUAAGGUAUGUAGUAAAUCUUUCUUCUACAAAUCACACCUCAAUAGACAUAAGAGAAUUCACACUGAAGAAAGUCGCUAUGAAUGUAAUGAGUGUGGAAAAACCUUUCCCUGUAAGUCAAACCUCUGUGCACAUCAGAGAAUUCAUAUAAGGGGGAAGCUCUAUGAAUGUAAUGAGUGUGGAAAAGCCUUUCACCGGAAGUCAGACCUCAGCAAGCAUCAGAGAAUUCACACAGGGGAAAGGCCCUAUAAAUGUAGUGAGUGUGGAAAAACCUUUUACUGUAAGUCACACCUCAGCAGGCAUCAAAGAAUUCACACAGGUGAAAGGCCCUAUAAAUGCAAUGAGUGUGGAAAAACCUUUUACCAGAAGUCAAACCUUAGCAUGCAUCAGGUAAUUCACACAAAGGAGAAGCCUUAUGAAUGUAAUGAGUGUGGAAAAACCUUUCUCCUGAAGUCAAUCCUUAGUAUACAUCAGAGAAUUCAUACAGGGGAGAAGCCCUAUGAAUGUAAUGAGUGUGGAAAAGCCUUUCACCGGAAGUCAGUCCUCAGUACACAUCAGAGAAUCCACACAGGUGAGAAACCAUAUGACUGUAAGGAACGUGGUAAAUCUUUUUUCUACAAAUCACACCUCAAUAGACCUAAGAGAAUUCACACUGAAGAAAGUCGCUAUGAAUGUAAUGAGUGUGGAAAAACCUUUUACCGGAAGUCAGACCUCAGCAAGCAUCAGAGAAUUCACACAGGGGAAAGGCCCUAUAAAUGUAGUGAGUGUGGAAAAACCUUUUACUAUAAGUCACACCUCAGCAGGCAUCAGAGAAUUCACACAGGUGAAAGGCCCUAUAAAUGCAAUGAGUGUGGAAAAACCUUUUACCAGAAGUCAAACCUUAGCAUGCAUCAGGUAAUUCACACAAAGGAGAAGCCUUAUGAAUGUAAUGAGUGUGGAAAAACCUUUCCCCUGAAGUCAGUCCUUAGUAUACAUCAGAGAAUUCAUACAGGGGAGAAGCCCUAUGAAUGUAAUGAAUGCGGAAAAACCUUUCACCAUAAGUCAAUCCUCAGUACACAUCAGAGAAUCCAUACAGGGGAGAAGCCCUAUGAAUGUAAUGAGUGUGGAAAAGCCUUUCACCGGAAGUCAAUCCUCAGUACACAUCGGAGAAUCCACACAGGUGAGAAACCAUAUGAAUGUAAGGUAUGUAGUAAAUCUUUCUUCUACAAAUCACACCUCAAUAGACAUAAGAGAAUUCACACUGAAAAAAGUCGCUAUGAAUGUAAUGAGUGUGGAAAAACCUUUCCCUGUAAGUCAAACCUCUGUGCACAUCAGAGAACUCACACAGGUGAGAAACUGUAUGAAUGUAAGGAAUGUAGAAAAUCUUACUUCUAUCAAUCACAUCUCAAUAGACAUAAGAGAAUUCACUCAGGUGAAAGCCCCUAUAAAUGCAAUGAGUGCGGAAAAACCUUUCACCAGAAGUCAAUCCUCAGUAUGCAUCAGGUAAUUCACAUAAAUGAGAAGCCUUAUGAAUGUAGUGAGUGUGGAAAAACCUUUCCCCUGAAGUCAGUCCUUAGUAUACAUCAGAGAAUUCAUAUAAGGGGGAAGCUCUAUGAAUGUAAUGAGUGUGGAAAAGCCUUUCACCGGAAGUCAGACCUCAGCAAGCAUCAGAGAAUUCACACAGGGGAAAGGCCCUAUAAAUGUAGUGAGUGUGGAAAAACCUUUUACUAUAAGUCACACCUCAGCAGGCAUCAGAGAAUUCACACAGGUGAAAGGCCCUAUAAAUGCAAUGAGUGUGGAAAAACCUUUUACCAGAAGUCAAACCUUAGCAUGCAUCAGGUAAUUCACACAAAGGAGAAGCCUUAUGAAUGUAAUGAGUGUGGAAAAACCUUUCCCCUGAAGUCAGUCCUUAGUAUACAUCAGAGAAUUCAUACAGGGGAGAAGCCCUAUGAAUGUAAUGAAUGCGGAAAAACCUUUCACCAUAAGUCAGUCCUCAGUACACAUCAGAGAAUCCAUACAGGGGAGAAGCCCUAUGAAUGUAAUGAGUGUGGAAAAGCCUUUCACCGGAAGUCAAUCCUCAGUACACAUCGGAGAAUCCACACAGGUGAGAAACCAUAUGACUGUAAGGAAUGUAGUAAAUCUUUUUUCUACAAAUCACAUCUCAAUAGACAUAAGAGAAUUCACACUGAAGAAAGUCGCUAUGAAUGUAAUGAGUGUGGAAAAACCUUUCCCUGUAAGUCAAAUCUCAGUGUACAUCAGAGAACUCACACAGGUGAGAAACCAUAUGAAUGUAAGGAAUGUAGAAAAUUUUUCUACUAUAAAUCACAUCUCAAUAGACAUAAGAAAAUUCACAGAUAAGAAAUGAAUGUGAGUGUGGAAAUACCUUUCACUGUAAGUCAAACCUCAGUACACAUCAGAGAAUUCACAUAGGUGAGAAGUCAUAUGAAUGUAACACAUGUAGAAAAUCUUAUACCGCAAGUCACAUGUCAGUAGACAUGAGAAAAUUCACAUAGGAAAAGACCAAUGGAUUUAAUGUAUGUGAAAAUACUUUUCCCUACAAAUCACACCUGAGUAAGCAUCAGAGAAGACAAACAAAAGUGAUGGCCUAUAAAUGUACAGCUGCUUUUUGGUUACCACAGGGGAUGGGUUCCAGGACUUCUCCGUCAUGCCAAAGGCUGUGAAUGCUUAAGUCUUAUAUAAUGUGGCAUAGUAUUUUUGUAACAUUGUGCUGUUUA